GAGGCGUUUCCCGCAGCAUGCACGCGACGAUGAGUUCAUCCCACACCAGAGUCAGUACGCGGUCGGCAAAAAUACAGACAGACAGACAGACAGCCACGUUAAGGUGUUCUCAGUUGUCGUGUCUAAGUGCACCUGGAGAUCUUUGCAGGUCAAGCAAUCAAGGCAGGCAGGCAGGCCAACGACAGCAACCAGACUAGGAAGGGCCUAUGGCUGCAAGAACGCAUGCACCACGUCUGCGGGCACUGGCUGAUCUCUGGCUAUGCUAUGCAGACGCGAGCGUGUCCAUGGGUGUUCGUGGGUGCGAGCAGAUGUCGGUCGCUCGGUCAAAACCCGACUGGCUGCUCACACGUUCAGUCAGUCACUUGCAUGCAGGAUCGGCCUAUGCGGAUGCACUCGGCCUACCACCAGCAUAUCCAUCGACUAUCACACAUCACCCUCCAACUCCCACCCUCUCUCUGUUCUGUGUCUCUCUUUCUCUCUUUGACACGCGUGCACGUGUAUAUAAACAAAAACGGACAGAUAGGUACGUACGGACAUACAUGCAAGCAAACAUGUAUGCACCCACCCACCCACCCGGUACCAACUCACGCACACAGAUACGCACCAAGACAUACAUCCCGACGCGACACGACCGACACGACAGACAGUUCCGCGCACACGAGCGAACGAGCAGCGCCUUCAUUCACACACGCGGUAUACGUUGGCACGCAUCAAGAAGAAAAAAGGAAUUGGUGCGUGCGUCAUCAGCUGUGUGUGAAAGAUACGGCAUCACUCGAUCGUCGGAAAAGGCAUGGCACACCACAAGCAGGCACGCAGGCAGGCAGGGAGACAGACAGACAGAUAGGGAGCCAGCCAGCCAUGCCGGGCGCAAAACUCCUUUCCUUCAAUUAUACGAUUGUGUGCAUAGUUACGGUGGGCUGGCUGGCACGCUACCAGCGACAAAUACCCUUCCCCUCGCUCAUUCAUUCAGACAGACAGCCGACCGAGCAAGCAGAAGGGCGAAUUGCGAUCGGUCGUUGUGCACGUAUGUACGUAAGCAUCUGUGAAUGUGUUGUCAAGAUAUACAUCCGUACGCAUUGGUGGGCAAAGACACUGACGGACAUAAGAUGGGAUGUUGCGUUUGUACGUCGUGUGCGUAUGUACGGCACAUAAACAAGCCCUGGCCAUGCAUAUGCAUGCCUGUAUGCAUAUUCACGCAGAUGGAUAGAUAUACAGAGGGGAACUAGGUGCGGGUGCGACUGGACUCCCUCUCCCCUCCAUCCCUCGCCCCUACCUGAAAAAGAGAGGCGUGAAUGAGUGGUGGGUAGCUGGUGCGAUCGACAGUCCCUACCUGAUUGAUGUAUGACACGAAUGCACCUUCAUGCACUUACAUCGACUCACUCACUCAGUCACUGGCACUCACUCCUGCCUACAUACGCGUGUACGUAUGUACGUAUGUUUGUACGUAUGUACGCAUGUAUCUGUACAAACACAUAUAUAUAUAUAUAGCAUAGCGUAUACAUAGCCAGUAGGACCAAUUGGGGGCACGGGAGUUGUGAGAAGUGAGAGGUGUGUGUGUGGAGGGGGGACGGGACGGGACGACGAGCGAAAGUGAGACAAAAAUGAUUGAGCGGCUUGGACGGGGGAGCCAGGCUCGCCCGUAAUUGGCAUCCAUCCAUCCACACGCACAUCAUCCAUCGACUAAAAUCACAGCACACCACACGUCACAUCAUAUGAUGGCACCAACUACGGACACGGCACGACACGACAGGGACACGCAGGUAGGCAUGCAAAGAAAGAAAGAAAUAGUAGGCAUCUUCGUUGGUUCGUUCGUUCGUGUUGGUGCAAUCACUCAAUCACGUAUUUCACACAUUCGCACAUUCAUUCACUCAUUCAUUCACUAGGGGCACAUUUUAGGCCAGCAGAGCUGCCAGGCUUGCACUCACGCAGCCAUGCAGGCAGGCAGGCAUCACACACGCACACAGAAGAAUGAACACAUUCACUACAGCCACACAUACACGACACGAGACAUGAAUUCACACGAAUCAACAACAUCCAUUCGUCGAUGGGGAGGUUAGUGGGAGCCCCUCUCUGUGUGCUUCUGCCUUGAAAAUAGGCACGAUUAGAGUAGGUAGGUACCCAACCGGCCGGCCACGCACUCACUCACACCCUCACAAACACACGCACGAAUGCACGCACUCUAUCAAACAACAAGGAGAGGGACAAAACACUUGAUACAGAUAGACAGACAGGCGGCAGGCAGUCAGACGCACAGCACGGCAAAGUCAAGCCGGGCCAGCCAACACUCAUCUGUCUGUCUGUCGCCUCUGUCUUUCCUUCAGUGCACGCACUACUGCAUGCACCAAAAAAUACCUCAAUUCGUCGCACACACGUACGUGAGUACGCGUGCACGGUUUCUUCUUCGCUGUGCCCUCAUCCAUCCAUCCAUCCAUCCAUCAUCUUCAAAAAGGAGUCACCCCUUUCUCUGUCUACGCAUCUCGGCAACCGUCAGUCACCAUCCAUCCCAUCAGGCACCACCACAUCAGCCAGCGGAUGCACUGACGGGAACGCAUGUGUGGAACAUGCAUUACAAGAAGCCGUUCACAUCCGUCAAUCGAUCUAUCGAUCGUAUGUAUUGUAUGUUUCUAUGUGUAUUAGAUAGUUGUAUCAUUAUAUAUAUAUACGCGCCCCAACCCUUCACCCGCACUCUCCCACCCAGCCCCACCGCCCCCCCCUUUCCUCCCCAAUCAAUGGUACACCAACACGAAUACUGAUCCAUCCAUCGGUUGAUCGAGCGGUACAUACAGCCUUACACAGCUGGUGAGCACUCAAUUGACAUCAAUAUAGCGAUGAUGAGAGAGAUACGAUACACACACUACAGACACACGCCACACGCUCUCACGCACACAUUGACUAGGGACACCUAAACAUUUACAUACGCAUUCACACACUCACCCAUGGUGCACACGAUUACAUAAUACCCCACGCUACGCCACGCCCGCCACGCCCCCCUGUCCGUGUCUCUCAGUCCUUGUAUCCCGCCCGUGUGCUCUCCUCCAUGGCCUUCAUCAGCUCUGCAUCGUGCACACACAAGACACAGCCAAAGGGUUCAAAGGACAAUCCAUACGUGUUGAUACACACAUCGUGUGCAUUGAGUGCUGACCUUCCACGGGCACCGUCUGCAUUUGCUGGAAGGUCCCCGUGGCGGGCGAGCGCGCCCCGCUCUCAGUCGGCGACGGGCCGCUCACACCCACGGGCACCGAUAUCGUCCGCUGCACCGGCCGGCCCACCCUCUCCACCCUUACUCCCUCUCCCUCCUCCUGCCCCACAUCGGCCUGCGUCUCCGCCUCCCGCAUGAACACACGGCCAGGCGCUGCCGGACACGACACAGACGAGAAGCGGGGCGGGUAGCGCGCCACCAAGGGGAGCGAAGAAGACGACGGGAGACCCGCGAGCUCCCCCGCAAUGGUGUGCGUCUGCGCGAGGGUGUGCGGCGCACCCGCCAUGAGGAACGAGGGCGGCCCCUCGUCGCCCUGUGGCUGGUGGGUGAGGGGCGUAGUGGCUGCGCGUGACGCGUGUCUACCGUAGAGAGGCACCGGGCUGCUGAAGGUGGGGUGUGGCACGUCGGGUGGGAAGGGGGGUGGGGGUGCGGGGGGCAGAUGCCGCCUCCUCACAUGGCGCUCGCUGAGGCUGCUGGCGCUGUUGGAUGGCGACGACAUCGACACAGACGCCUCGCCCCCCAUGGCAGUGACGGUCGUUGACCAGGCCGCGUUACUCGGAUGAGCAAUCGAGAGGAAAGAUGCAGACGGCACCGAGCUCGCAGACGAGAGGGGGGGCGGGGAGGGAGGAAAACCGCCGUAGGCAGCUUCUCCAUAGCCGCCGGGUGACUUGGGCGGCAGGAUGGAGAUGGGAGGGAUGGGCGACAAAACCUCCCCUGAGUCGGCGAAUGCCCUCGGCACGGGACUCUCCUGCGGCAUCGGGACGAGUGGGGCGGGGCGGGGCGCCCGCGGCAUCGCUGGCUCGGCCUCUCGGAUUGAAAAAGGCCGUCCUGAUGGGGGACUCCUGGCCGGCGGUGGCGGCGGGAACAAGGGCGACGGAAUAUCGGGCUCGUAUACCUCCAGGGUGUCGGCCUGCACGGCUGCAUCAGUAGUGUUGCCGACGCCAAUCCGCCCCCUGCCCCUCCUGUGUGGCCGCAGGAUGCUGAUGGCGCCGAUCUCCUCGGAACUCCGUCUCACCUUGGCCACGGGGCCAGGGCCGCCCUUUGCCUUGCCCCGCCCCAUCGACGACAUGGGGGACGAGAAGCUCACAGAGGGCUCGCCAUAGCCCCCGAGCUCUCCGUAUCCCCCCACACUCAUGCUCAUGCUCAUCCCCAUUCCACCGCCAGCAUACCCCUGCGGAGACGAGGGCGGCGGCGCCAAUCCCACCGGCACCGAUGUUGACAGGAUGGGGAACGGAGGCCCCCCCAUGGCACGGGGCAUCGUUCGAGACCCGAGUGGCGUGUCCUGCAGCAGCAUGGGAGUGCCGGUGCCUCCAGUGCCUCCGCCAGGGGUCGAGCCGAGAUCGCCUUCGGGUGGCUGCAGUACGCGGCUGUGGUAAGGCCGCAGCGAGAGCAUGGGUGGGGGGCGGACGACAGACGAUCGGUCAGCGGGCGAUGCCGACCUCGGGUAUGAGGGGUAGCCGCCAGCCUCAUACAUGGGCUGCAAAGUCGGCAUGGUCGGCGCCGGCUGCUGCGAGUAGGAUGUGCUAGGCGGGUAUGAGGAGGGGUAGUGUGCUGGGAAGGCUGGGUAGGAGGGGGGCGAGUCGGGUGGGGCGGGGGCGUCGCCUGGGUGGGUCUGGGGCGGCGGGGCGGCUGCACGCUCCGCCAUGUGAUACCUGAAGAGACGACAAAGGAGAACAGAAAGCCACACUUGAAUAUUCAAGGCGCUGUCAUUGGCUUGGCUUGGCCCGCCUUGCCUUUCUCCCUACCCUCUCGGUCGUAGCUCUGCGACCCCAUGCGCAUGGCGACACGACGCGCCAGCGCGACACUCGCCACGCAACCAGUGCUGAAUGACACAGAAGACGCACACAGACAGCCAAGUGUCCAUAUAUCGGCUUACGUGUCGGUCCUGCCCUGCUCUAGCCAGCCCAGCCCUUUCCAGCCCACCUGGCAGAUGGCCGUUUUGAAGUAGUCGUCUGUGGUCCUGAGUUCGGCGACGCCGUGUGCAUACUUGCAUGCCUUGGGGUCGUGCAUGUAUGGGCACUGGCCCCGCUCCCACUCCUCACACACACGCGUCUUGGUCAGGUCGGGCAGCGGACGCAACUCCUCCACCGUGUGAGCUGACAGACAGACAGACCGAUGCGAUUCAUACACACACAGACAUACACAUGUGUUAAGGCGUGCGUGUGUGUGUGUGUGUGUGUGUGUGUUCGUGUGAGUCGCACCGAAGGGGCACCGCUGGCCUCGCGGACACGGCUGUCCGUCGCCAGUGAACUGACACAUGCGGGUCUUCCACCCUGCAGAAACACACACGACACAGAAACGGAUAUGAGCACGAUUCGAUUACUUCCCGUCUGUCUGUCUCUGUGCGGUGUGCGUCCCUCUCCCUCCCACUGCUUUGCUUACACUGGUCGCGCAUCUUCCAUUUCCUGCCGCCGGGUUGUCCAUUUGGCAUGAUCACACAGAAGCGACCUGUCGGCGUCCCCCCGUCAAGCGACGCCCCACUGACCAUCACAACGUCAUCCUCGCGACAACAGGCAGGCAAACCACUCCACUCGUCAGGGUCUCAAAAUGCUGUCCUCGUUUGGUCCAGCGGUAAACGAGAAAGAUCAAGUCAAGCAGACUGAGUCAAGUUCUCCGCCUCAGCGACUCGGUCCCGCGGGAUCGCGCUCUCCAUCUCUCCGGUUGAUCUUUUAAGAGCGGCGAGUCACGACUGCUGCGCAAAGAGAAGCAGCAGGUACAGGGCACUGCUGUCAUGGCUGGGGGAGGGGGAAGGACUCACGAAAG